AUGGCACGCACGAAGAACCCAAAUUAUGUUGGUGAUUCGCCUCCUGGACAACGCGAAGUCCCUGAUGAUCCUGAUGUGGGUGAUGAUGACGAUGCUAUGGGUUUUAGUGGUGUGAUUCAGGGUGGUGUGGUUCCAGAUAAUAUCGCUCAGGAUGAGACUAUGCUUGGGGAUGCUGGUGAGAAUAUGCGUCGGGAUGCUGCGGAUGCUCCUGAGACGUGGAGAAACGAAUUGCUUGCGCUAAAAGGCCAGAUGAAAAAGAUGUUUUCUGAAAUGAAUAUGAAGAUUGAAGGCCUUGGUACCAGAGACAAAUCUAUUGAAUCAGCUCUGAGGUUGGAAAGAGAAGCAUAUGACUAUAACCGUGGGUUUGAUCACUAUAACCCUGGGUUUGAAGAGGUACAACCUGCUGCAGUACAACCUGAUGCAACUGAAGAAGUACAACCUGAUGCGGCUGACGAAGUACAACCUAGUGCAACUGACGCAACCAUUGAUUCGACUGAGGCUGAGAAAACUGGUGCAGAAGAGGUACAAUCUGAUGCCAUUGAGAGUGAGAAAGCUGAUGCGAAAAAGGUCCAGAUUAUAAGGAAGAUGAGUACUGUUGCUGCUUCAUCAGAUGUCCCAGCACAAGCAACGCAGAAGAUCAAGAUUAUAGGGAAGACGAGGGGAUCUACCAUUGUGAUUAGGAGUCAUGUUGCCACUAGGCAGCGCCAUAAGACUUUAGAAUGGUAG